GAGGUUACAGCGCGUCCACCAUGUCCAGCAAUGCAGUAUCGCUGUACUUGGACCCGCAGAUCCGUGAUUGGGUUCUCUUCCCCAUCACGGUGGUCAUGAUCCUCGUGGGCAUUCUGCGACACUAUGUCGUCCUGCUCCUACAGUCCGCACCGAAGAAGCUACCACGUGCAGCCAUCCGUGAACAACGAGCUCUAAUGCGUUCCAACAUCCUGCGCGCCUCGUCGGCCAACUCCCCACUUCCACCAUCAUUCUACCAGUCAAUAUCCCAACAUCUUUCGCAGGCCUUCGCGGCCGGGACGUUCUUGAAGGACGGGCCGCCAAAGAGUGACGCGCCUACGACGCCCGCGAACCCGCUGUCCGACCCUUCGCAGAUGGACGGCAUGAUGGCAGGAAUGAAGACUCAGAUGGUCAUGAUGGUGCCCCAGAUGGUUAUUAUGGGAUGGAUCAAUUUUUUCUUCCAGGGCUUCGUGUUGAUCAAGCUGCCGUUUCCGCUCACGCUGGGCUUCAAGUCGAUGCUGCAACGUGGAGUUGAGACGCCGGACAUGGACGUGCGAUGGGUCUCUUCACUUUCCUGGUACUUCCUCAAUUUCUUUGGGCUGAACGGCUUGUACCGGUUGAUCCUUGGCAAUGACAACUCUGCGGACUCCUCAAGAGAUAUGACGACACCCUUCGCUGCCGCAGCCGUGGCCCCGCAGGGACCACAGGCACAAGACUACAACAAGUUGUUCAAAGCCGAGCGAGACAACCUCGAGUUUGCUGAAGGCUUGUACUCAUGGGUAGGGAAGGACAUAGAGACGACCGUACUCAAGAAGUAUGGUCGGUUACCCGACAGUCAGUAGGCAGCACACAGG